AUGGAGAAAGUUGUACAGCAGACGGAUUAUGAUGCGUUGUCUUGUAGGUUGGCAGCAAUCUCAAAGGGUUACCUACCAUCUGUAGCAUUCCAAGUGCAGAGGUGCAAUUAUCAUGGCUAUAAAGAAAUGCAUAUGGAAUACUUACAUAGCUUAAAAAGUGUCAGCAGAAGGAUUCACUCGAAGAUAUUUAGAGCGAUGCAAAAUUCAUUUCCUGUAAUGAACUAUGGAACAUAUUUACGUACUGUGUCAAUUGAUAUACAGAUAAACGAUUUUUUGAAGUCGCACAGCAAAUUCCAGAACGUGCAGAUUAUUAAUUUGGGAUGUGGAUCAGAUUUAAGAAUGAUACCGAUCAUAAAGAAUUUUACAAAUGUGACUUAUAUCGACAUAGAUUAUAAGGAUUCCAUAGAAAUGAAACGGAAGAUAUUAGAUCAAAACAGAGCUCUAAAAAAGGCUCUUGAGUCAGAUGACGACGGUGAGACGAACAGAUAUAAACUGAUAUCUUGCGAUUUGAACGAUGAGGCUCAAACAGUUCGUACAUUGAGUGAAUCGACCAGUUCUGAUUCACCAACAAUCGUUAUUAGCGAAUGUGUUCUCUGUUAUAUGGAUGAUCACGCAUCAAAACAACUGAUAAGCGUAGUAUUAGAUAUUUACAAGACGGGAAUUUGGAUCAGUUACGACCCCAUCGGAGGCUCCAAGUUUAGUGACCGAUUUGGGAUUAUAAUGCAGUCUAAUCUGAGAGAAUCUAGGCAUCUAGAGAUGCCUACCCUUAUGAUUUAUAAUUCUAAAGAGACUUAUAGCAGUAGAUUUGCCAAUUGCAAUGUUGAAAUCAAAGAUAUGUGGGACAUUUUUGAGAAUGACAUACCUAAAGAAGAGAUUUCGAGGCUAAAAAGUCUCCAAUUUUUGGAUGAAGUAGAAGAAUUAAAAAUAAUGCAAACGCAUUACGUACUAUUAAAAGCAUCAUGGUAA